GUCAAAAGUUACUUAGUAGCUUCAAUUCAAUGUAGCAGCAGGAAAGCAGCAAGCGGCAACUUCAAAGAAAGAAAGGGGCCCUCAUCCUUGCCACCAUGGAAAUACCAGUGGCCCUGAGUCAAGGACUUAGCUCUGCACCAGAUGAAAUCCAGCACCCGCACAUGAAAUUUUCUGAAUGGAAAUUCAAACUCUUCAAAGUGAGAUCCUUUGUGAAGCCUUCUCCUGGAGAAGAUCAAGGGCCAAAUAAAAAUGCAGUGGAAGGCCAGGCCUCUCUAGAGGAAACUCCAGAGGUCAUAGGCGGCACCAACAUUCCAGCACCAGAAAAGCCAGCCCUGGUCCAGCCAACAUUCACAGCCCAUGCCAAGUCUUUAGAGAAGCCCACUGAUGUUGGAAAGGCCCGGGAGAAGGCAAUUCACCAGGCCAGCCUCCGGCAGCUUUGUCGCAUCUGUGGUGUUUCCUUUAGAGCUGAUGGGCAGAAUAGGAGAUACCCUGUCCAUGGUCCAGUGGACAGUAAAACUCAGGGUCUCCUCCGAAAGAAGGAAAAGAAAGCCACCUCCUGGCCAGACCUGAUUGCGAAGGUUUUUAAAAUUGAUGUGAAAGGGGAUAUUGACUCCAUCCACCCCACCCACUUUUGCCACAACUGUUGGAGCGUUAUGUAUGGGAGAUUCAGCAAUGCCCCACGUGAGGUAUACUUCCCAAGGAAUGCUGCCAUAGAGUGGCACCCACACACGCCAUCCUGUGACAUCUGCCGGGCAGCCCGCCGGGGACUCAAGAGGAAAGGCCGUCAGACCAACCCAUCACUCAGCAAAAAGCUCAAGGCUGUGGCCAACAGAGCUCCAAGGACCCGUCCCCCUAAAAGUCAAACCCAGCUUCGAAGCAGCAGCAAGGAUAUGAUGAAGAAGAUCACCAACUGCAGUCAGAUGCACCUGAGCACUAAUCUGCUCGCCGUGGACUACCCCGUGGACUUCGUGAAGGCCAUCUCAUGCCAGAUUUGCGAGCACAUUUUGACCGACCCAGUGGAAACCACCUGCAAGCAUUUAUUCUGCAGAACCUGCAUUUUGAGGUACCUCAAGGUCCUGGGAAGCUAUUGCCCUUCUUGUCAAUAUCCUUGCUUCCCUACGGAUGUGGAAGGCCCAGUCAGGUCCUUUGUGAACAUCCUCAGUUCCCUGGUGGUGAGAUGCCCGGUGAAAGACUGUGACAAAGAGGUCAGCCUUGAAAAAUACAACCAGCACAUCUCCAGCCACAAGAAACCGAAAGAGUCCUAUGCGUACAUUAAUAAAGGCGGCCGGCCCCGGCAGCAUCUCCUGUCCCUGACCAGAAGGGCUCAGAAACACCGUCUAAGAGAACUGAAGCUGCAGGUCAAGGCUUUUGCAGACAAAGAAGAAGGAGGUGAUUUGAAGUCAGUGUGCCUGACUUUGUUCCUGUUGGUACUGAGAGCGAGGAAUGAGCAUCGACAAGCUGAUGAGCUUGAGGCCAUUAUGCAGGGCAGAGGGUCGGGCCUCCAGGCAGCUGUGUGCUUGGCCAUCCGGGUCAACACUUUUCUGAGCUGUAGCCAGUACCACAAGAUGUAUCGGACUGUGAAAGCCAUCACUGGGAGGCAGAUCUUCCAGCCUCUACAUUCCCUCCGGAAUGCAGAGAAGACCCUUCUGCCUGGAUACCACCCAUUUGAGUGGAAGCCCCCUCUGAAGAAUGUCUCUGCUCGCCCAGACAUAGGCAUCAUUGAUGGGCUUUCUGGGUGGUCUGCGUCCGUGGAUGACUACCCAGUGGACACCAUUGCAAAGAGGUUCCGUUAUGAUGCAGCGCUGGUGUCUGCCUUGAUGGACAUGGAAGAAGACAUCCUAGAAGGCAUGAAAUCCCAAGACUUGGGUGAUUACCUGAGUGGCCCUUUCACUGUGGUGGUGAAGGAGUCCUGUGAUGGGAUGGGAGAUGUCAGUGAGAAACACGGGAGUGGGCCAGCUGUGCCUGAGAAGGCUGUUCGUUUUUCGUUCACUAUCAUGAAUAUUAGCAUCACUCACGGUCAGGACAGCGUGAGGAUAUUUGAAGAAGCCAAGCCCAAUUCAGAGCUGUGCUGUAAGCCCUUGUGCCUCAUGCUGGCAGAUGAAUCUGACCAUGAGACCCUGACCGCCAUCCUGAGUCCCCUCAUUGCAGAGAGAGAGGCAAUGAAGAGCAGUGAAUUACUGCUGGAGAUGGGAGGCAUCCAAAGAACUUUUAAAUUCAUCUUUAGAGGAACUGGCUAUGAUGAAAAACUCGUCCGGGAAGUUGAAGGCCUGGAGGCUUCUGGUUCUGUCUACAUCUGCACCCUUUGUGAUGCCACCCGGCUGGAAGCUUCCCAAAAUCUCGUCCUUCACUCCAUAACUAGAAGCCAUGCCGAGAAUCUGGAACGUUAUGAAGUCUGGAGAUCCAACCCGUACCAGGAGUCCGCAGAAGAGCUGAGAGACAGGGUGAAAGGGGUCUCAGCAAAGCCUUUCAUUGAGACGGUCCCUUCCAUCGAUGCUCUCCACUGUGACAUUGGCAAUGCAGCUGAGUUUUAUAAGCUCUUCCAGCUGGAGAUUGGGGAAGUUUAUAAGAAUCCCAACGCAUCCAAAGAGGAAAGGAAACGAUGGCAGGCUACCCUGGACAAGCACCUCCGGAAGAAAAUGAACUUGAAGCCCAUCAUGAGGAUGAAUGGCAACUUUGCCAGGAAGCUCAUGACCAAGGAGACUGUGGAAGCAGUGUGUGAGUUAAUUCACUGUGAGGAAAGACAAGAGGCCUUGAGGGAGCUAAUGGACCUUUACCUCAAGAUGAAACCUGUGUGGCGCUCGACAUGCCCAGCCAAAGAGUGCCCAGAAUCUCUUUGCCAGUAUAGUUUCAAUUCACAACGUUUUGCAGAACUGCUGUCUACCAAGUUCCAGUACAGAUAUGAGGGCAAAAUCACCAAUUACUUUCACAAGACCCUGGCCCAUGUCCCUGAGAUUAUUGAGAGAGAUGGCUCCAUUGGAGCAUGGGCCAGUGAAGGGAAUGAAUCUGGUAAUAAACUCUUCCGACGUUUCCGGAAAAUGAAUGCUAGACAGUCCAAGUGUUAUGAAAUGGAAGAUGUCCUGAAACACCAUUGGUUGUACACCUCCAAAUACCUCCAGAAGUUUAUGAAUGCCCAUAAUGCCUUGAAAAAUGCUGGGCUUAUUGUCAACGCACAAGCAGGCUUUGAAGAAUCCAUUGGACUAGAAGACUCACUGGAAAUUCUUGAUUCAAUGGAAUUCUAAAUUGGGCAAUUUCCUAAGAAUUUAGGUGAAGAUAAAGAUUUGUCUGGUUGAGGGUUUGGGCCUCACAUUGCAUCCAAGAGAAUUCAAAUUCCACACACCUUCUAGGCAAGAUUUGCAAACAACAGCGAGACAGCGGUCUGGGGAGAAAGGAGCCGACCCUCAUUUGGAUGCAAGUGCUUUCUGAUUGAAGAGAUUCAUUGUGUCUCCAGUCGUUUUGGGGGAGAUGAUCUGUUCUUCCAAAUUUUAGGUCCUUUGAGGGUGGGGACGUGCUCAUUUUACCUUUCGAGAUUCAAAUAUUCUUUCUGCUACAGUAAUCUGCAUGAAUACCUCAGGUGAUAAUUUAUGUGAGAUUGCAAUGGACUUCUUUUAUGGGUAUGUGAAAAAAAAUCAUUUUGGAGUUUGUGUCAGGGUUUCCUUAAGCACUUUUUUGGGGUUUGUUUUAGAGAAGAAAAACUGAUUCAGAUGCAAUGAGUACAGUGCAUGGCGUUGCGUGGACCUCUAUUUAUAAC